AUGCCUGCUUCAAUGAGUAUUGAAAGAAGAAUUAUUCUUCGAGCUUUUGGAGCUGAGCUGGUUCUCACUGAUCCUGCUGAAGGGAUGAGGGGGGCUGCUCAGAAGGCAGAGGAGAUUUUGGCUAAGACACCAAAUGUUUACAUGCUGCAGCAGUUUGAAAAUCCAGCCAACCCAAAUGGAAUAGGUGCUGGUUUUGUCCCAGGUGUUAUGAAAGUCAACAUUGUUGAUGAAGUUAUUCAAGUAAUUUUUCCAACCUUUGGAGAGAGGUAUCUGUCUUCUGUGCUAUUUGAAUCCGAGAGGAGGGAGGCAGAAAACAUGGUGGUGGAGCCCUGA